AUUUUCAAUGCCAACACAGACUCUACUGAGGUGGUUCUGAACCGGAUCCCCCAGCCUGUUCUGGCCCGCUUCGUACGCAUCAGACCCCAGGCCUGGAAGACAGGCAUCGCCCUGCGCUUCGAACUCUACGGGUGCCAGAUCACUGGUAAGAACAGCUAUGCGGCUCCAUGUUCUGAGAUGCAGGGGAUGCUGUCCGGCCUGCUGCCCGACUCCCAGAUCACAGCGUCAUCCCUGAGGGAUAUCCACGGCUCCAUGGGGACGGCCAGGCUGGUAGCCAGCAGGUCAGGAUGGUUCCCCAGUCCCACACAACCUCUGGCUGGGGAGGAGUGGCUCCAGGUGGACUUGGGGGUCCCCAAGACAGUACGAGGCGUCAUCACUCAGGGGGCGACGGCGAGGAGCGUGGAGGGGAGUACGUCGGCUGAGAACAGGGCCUUCGUCAGGAAAUACCGCGUGUCUCACAGCCUGACGGGCAAGGACUGGACUUUUAUACUGGACAGAAAGACCAACCAUCCUAAGAUCUUCGAGGGCAACACACACUACGACACUCCAGAGAUCCGUCGGUUUGAGGAGCUGCCGGCUCAGUUCAUCAGGAUCUACCCAGAGAGGUGGUCUCCUGUCGGGAUUGGGAUGAGGCUGGAGGUGCUGGGAUGUGAACUGCCAGGUAAGAGGACUACCGAUCAGUGCAGACAAACGAUCUGA